GGUGUUUUAUGAAAUUAUUCUCAUGGUGUUUAAUUUUGUCUGCACUAUUGAAUUUUAAGACAAAUGGAUUAGCGCAGAUGUCAGCAAGGAGAUGUUCCAGGGAGUGAAAAUCAUAAGCUUAGUGUUAAGAGCCCAUAGGCAGCUGGGCUCUCCCACUUGAACAGGAGAUGGGGGGGAAAUAUGGGUUGGUGGUCUGCUGUAUGUUAUCAAGACACCCCUCCAUCUGUUCAAAAUACAAAAGUCUGUUUGCAAUCUAAAACAUCAUUCUGAGCAGAAUACUCGUAGUUGUUUUAUUUUCCUACUUUAAAUGUAAAAGCAGAGCUGCAGAUGACACAGUGUCUGUGCUGCUAAGAAACACUUCUAAUACAUCCUCAAAUUGAGUGGAGCUGGUCAUCUUGAAUAGUUGCUUGCAGAGUGACACAAUGGGCAGCUUUGAGAAGAAAAAUUGAUAAUUUUCACGGAAGAGUAAUUUGAAUUAGAUUACACUUGACAGCCUGUCUCCAAGCACACAAGCAAAGAAAAGGAAGUCAGGAUAACCUCCGAGGUCUCGUUCUGCUGAAUCUUGGCUGUUGGUGCUUCCAAGAAAAACAGUUUUUUCAACACCUAAUUGAGGCUUUGUAAAUUCUGUGUAGUUUCAAGCAAACACAAGUAGUCAUGGAAGAGAAUAUGGAAGAGGGACAAACACAAAAAGGUUGCUUUGAGUGUUGCAUCAAAUGCCUUGGCGGCAUUCCUUAUGCUUCUCUGAUUGCAACGAUCCUCCUUUAUGCUGGUGUGGCUCUCUUCUGUGGAUGUGGCCAUGAGGCCCUCUCUGGAACAGUUACCAUCCUGCAGGAGUACUUUGAUGUGGUCAGAAUUUCUGGAGACAGCAUUGAUGUGUUCACCAUGAUUGACAUUUUCAAGUACGUUAUCUAUGGUGUGGCAGCAGCAUUCUUUGUCUAUGGCAUCUUGCUGAUGGUCGAAGGAUUCUUCACAACUGGAGCAAUCAAGGACCUCUAUGGCGACUUCAAAAUCACAACCUGCGGCCGAUGUGUUAGCGCAUGGUUCAUUAUGCUGACCUAUGUGUUCAUGCUUGCUUGGCUUGGAGUCACUGCCUUCACUUCACUGCCAGUUUUCAUGUACUUCAACAUAUGGACAAUCUGCCGAAAUUCUACUUCCAAUGAUGGGAUGAACCUUUGUUUGGACCUUCGCCAGUAUGGAAUUGUAACUGUUGGAGAACAAAAGAAAAUCUGCACCACUAAUGAUAAUUUCUUCAAGAUGUGCCAGUCAAAUGAACUGAACAUGACAUUCCACCUGUUUAUUGUUGCCUUGGCUGGAGCUGGAGCGGCGGUCAUUGCUAUGGUCCAUUACCUUAUGGUCCUUUCCGCCAACUGGGCUUAUGUGAAAGAUGCAUGUCGGAUGCAAAAAUAUGAAGACAUCAAGUCAAAGGAAGAACAAGAACUUCAUGAUAUUCACUCAACUCGCUCGAAAGAGCGCCUUAAUGCAUACACAUAAGAUGCACUUUCAGACUUCUUAACAUCAUGUUUCUUAACAAAAGGGUCAUCUAACCUUUCAAAACUAAAAACAAAAAAAAAUAAAUCUGUCUCAGAUGUGAUGGGGUGACAUAUGCUAAUUGAAAAUGAUGCGGGGUGAUAAAUAAACAGUUUUUCAAAAUGGAUAAAGAUUUGUACAAUUACCUCUGUCCUUUACCCUUAAGCAGGAUAUCAAAAUUCAGAUUUUUUAAUGACAAGUGCAUUUGAACUUCUGAUAUAUUUUGUUAGUGUUCUGUGUAUUUUUUACAUAACAGUAGCAUUCCUUGCCUUUGUAAACCAUGUAUCAUUUUGUGUGACUGUACUUAGUUUCCUAGCUAAUUUCGGAAGAGUACUGGAAUUUUUGAAUGAUUAGAUUUAUUUUACAUUGCAGUAAUAAAAAUAACUGGUUUGUAAAGGGACUAUAUAUUAAGAAUGAAUACUACAUUUCUAGUUCAUAGUGGUACCAUCUUAUUACCUUUGUUUCUUGGUUAAAAUAUUGUCAUAUAAAAUUAUGUUACUGCCAAAAUAGUACUAGAUAAUAACUUUUGGUACUAUGAAACCAAGCUUCAAUGGAGACAUUUUGGAACAUACAUUUUGUAAAAUUUACAAUCAUUUAAGCCUUAAUGUGCAGACACCCUGUAAAACUUUUAUUAAGUCUUUUCUUUUUAAUACAUCUGUAUCUAUUUAGAAACAAUUCCUUGCAUAAUAAACAAACCAACAUAGCCUAACCCUUGACCUUGUUGUAUCGGGUGCAUUUGAAAGGAUUAUCAUGACCCUCACUUGUAGAAAAUAUGAUCAGGUAUUUGUUUUACAAAAAAGAGAGUAGAAACAAUUCUUUACUGUUACAUUUGAUUUCGUGAUUCCAUUAAUAUAUAGUGUAGUGUGCAACUCUUUCACCCAAUGUAGACAAAACGUCAAAACAGUUUUUCUUAAAGAUAAUGCAUGCUGUUUCUUAACUGAUUAUUUGACUGAAGAAUAACCUGAGCUAGUAGCUGAACUGCUGGGUCAGUGUUCAUAGAUCUGUUUAAAUAAUGUGAAAAAUAUAUUUGAAUUAAUAGAAACAGAGGGACAUUCAAUCUGAAAUAGAUUUGCAGUGAUGCUGAAGAUGCAAAAAAUGCAAAGUGAGGCCAUUGAUAAUUAUUCUGAUAUCUUAUGAAAGGGCCCCUAUUUAUUGGAUAAAAUUUUGAUAAUGUCAUAUUAAAAUGGUGUGCUAAAGAAGAAGUUUUCCUUUUUCUUUCAUUUUAAUGUUUUGCCUGUGAUACUGUUCAGGAAGAUGGAAUAUUUCCACAAUAUUAACCUAAAGAUAAUUAUAGUUAGGCAGAAUAAACCUACUGUACAGUAUAUGACAGAAGUUAAAAUGUCAAUGUCCCAUAAAUAAAAGCAGCUUUUAUGUCUGUCUGUGCUCUGCAAUAACCUGACUGUAGAAACCUAAACUGUUUAAUAAUACUACAAUUUAUUGUAGCUGAACUUAAGGUACCAAUGGUGUAUAAAGUGAUAGGUUACUGUGAUGCACCAAUAAGAACAUUUCAAGGAGACCGUGAGCACAGAUUCUGAAAAAUACCAUUACUGUGUUAUUUGAAAUGUGAUUUAUGAGCUCAUUUGAAAAGCAGUAUGGAAAGUAAAUACAUCUUAAAGCAUUUUAAGUGCCUGCAUCCAGAAAGUAAACACUACAUAUUCAGUCGGUACAUACUCCAAUACAGCCGUACACUAGUAAAAAGCCCCAUGUUAAAGUUGGACUUGAUAUCAUCACAACUUUCAUUUGGAUUACAAAUGGAACAGGUUUGCUAGAGAACCAAAAUAAAUUCAAACAUAUGUUUUUCUCUGAUUUGCCUUCAGUAGUAAUGAACCUAAACCUAGCUAUUCAGUUGCUAGAUUUAAGUAGAUUAUCAAAUAAUCUCAUGUAGAAUAGAGUACAUUAUCUUUAAAUGUUUCAUUUCAAUAACUAAACUAAUAUGUCAAAAGGAAUGCAGUCAGUAUUACCAGGUCAAACCUUGUAUUUGUUUUAGCACUUCUUGCCUAUUUAUAGUUCUGUUGUGAAACAGUGUAAGUGUUUCCUAAACUUUUCUAGCCUGACAAGACUUUGCCAGUGUUGACUUGUUAAAUAUAGUUCUGUGCACUUAUUGUACCAUUGUGAGCUCUUUAGUGGUGUAAGUGCAUUUCUUAUAACAUUUCUGAACUUCUUUGUACUGAAUCUAGUUAUUCAACAUCGGUGAUUUUAACAGUUCUUGUACUAGCUAUAAGCACAGACUGUAGAUGUUAUUUGUAGCAUGGUUAUGCAUUCAGUAGUAAUAUUUAAAUGGAUUUGCAGUGCUCUCAUUUCUUUUAGCACUUAGAUUGUCUUGCUGGGUCAACUGUUCAAAGAUAGGUGCAGUGUUGCAAAUCUCAUGUUUAAAGAACUGUGAUCUGUCUAAUUCGAAUGUUACACUGUAGUGUUCAGUUUCUAUGUCCUAAAUAGUUUGUGAUGACUUUCAGUACCAUGUUUUGAAUUAUGUGAUUAUGAAAUUGCUUAUGACGCUUUUCUGGUAUAUUGGACUUUAUAUUUUCACAAAGAAUGCAUCCUGGUAAGUUGUACAAUUAAUCUGUUUUUGUACAUAAAUGUGCCAACUGCUUGAUGGUGGCAUUUUUGAAAUGUAGAAAGAUGUGCUUGCAGAAACAUAAUAAAACACAGCAGUGUAUUUUGUGUGCUUGUUAAUA